AUGGCAAUUUUUAAUAAAAUUCAAAUUGUUGUUGGAUUUCUGUCCCUGCUGCAUGCGGCAUACUCUGCUGCCCAGCACCGGGCAUAUCUUCGGAUCACGGAACAGGAAUUCUCCCAGCUACCGAUCGAUAUCAUAUUUCAAGCGAUUGCCAGCUUGAUUUAUAUCAUCUACAACAUACUGCAAGUGGUGGGCGAUUUCAAGGAAAUUCGUGCCGCAGUCGAUUUGCAGGCCAAAUCGUGGGAAACUCUUUCGAACAUUCCCUCGUUUUACACCUUCAAUCAUCGUGGCAAGGCACUGUCGCCGGUAUACGAGCAACCAAACCCCGAAGCGUACGACCGUCCGUACACAUCGGAGUCCUAUCUGGAUUAA